GUCAAACGGGCGAAUUGUUUCUUUACAAAGUGUAAAUGCAUUUCAUUGUUUAUUUUCAUGUAAAUAGCCAUGGAUCCAGGUAAUAAUGAUUCCAAGAAGUUACCUGAUGGUUGGGUGCAAUGUAUAUCUAAAAAUACCCCCGGGAGAAAGUAUUUCUUCAAUAGGAGAACGGGGAAAUCUUCAUGGAAUGAACCGCAGGUUGACGGCAAGCAAAGAAAGAGGAAAAUCAGUCUCUCGGAGAAAAACAGGCGAGAAGAAGCCCAAAGAAGGAAUCUGAAAAGGCACAGUGAUGGUAAAGAAGGGAGUCCAAAUAAGAAGAAACAAAAAGAAGCACCACCCACUCCAGAAAAACUUAAAACUCCCAUUAAAAAGCCAAGCCCAUCAAAACCUCCUGACUCCCAUAAAAAAGGGAGUCCUCCCAAACCAGAAGCUUUGAAAACAACACCCAAGAACAGUGCCAACUCUCGCCUCUCCCAGCUCCGAGCCCAACUAGCAGCUGAUACCCAGAAAGAAGAAUUCCACAACAAUGAGAAAUCUCCAUCUAAAGCUAACAAUAAACGAAUAUCUCCAAAUGCAUCACACACACAAACAGAACCACAAGCUAAAGUUCAGAAAACAGAACUCAAAAGUCCAAAUACAAAUGACUCAAAAUGUUCCACCAACACACAGUCACCGAGCAGCGACAGCUUCCAAUCAAUACCAUCACCAUCACAGUUUUUCGCUGCUAACAAAAUUAUAUCGUCAAUGAAAGCUCAGCUGCCGGAAGAAUACUGCAAUAAACCCAAGCAAAAGGAUACUUUUGCAGACAUAGAAGAGGGCAUUUGCAAUCAAACAGCAGAGUAUCCAUUUAUGAAACAUCCUGCCACCCCACCACAGUUUUCAGAAGCUAGUAAAUUAGUAUCGGCUAUAAAAUCUAAGUUGUCCUACAAAGUGGCCAGCAAAGAGACACCGAUCAAAACUUUUUCGUCGGCUAAAGAUCGAAUGGAAGCAUUGCGGUCAAGGUUGAGUAAUGAGCCAGAGUCUGAUACGUCACAUGAUAGUUUAAAUAUUAGUAAAGAAAUAGCAUAUACAAAAGAUAUUAAAUAUACAAAUGAAGCAUCUUAUACAGGUGAAGCUAUGGAUGUGGACUGUAAAGAGGUAAUAAAGAAUGUACCAGCAGUACAAUAUACAAAAGACAAUGUAGGUAGUAACAAUGACAAUCUAGUUUUAGUGGUUGAUACAAACAUUUUUAUACACGAACUUGAUGUGAUAAAAAAUGUGGUGAAUUCACAUAUAAAAGGAUAUAGCGAACACCCAACUUUGCUAGUACCAUGGCGAGUGAUCAAUGAGUUGGACCGUUUAAAAGACAAUAACAAUGGGACUGGGGCAAUAUGUAAACGGGCCAAGUCUGCUAUGGACUACUUGUAUAAAUCUCUGCCAGAGAGCAGCCGUAUCAAAGGGCAGUCCCUCCGCGACGCGAAUUCCCACAUCUAUCCCUGUGAGAUCCCGGAUGACGAAAUACUUAACUGCUGUCUCCAGCAGUCGGAAAGGGGCAAACCUGUGAUCCUGCUGUCAAACGACAAGAACCUCUGCAACAAGGCGGUCAUCAACGGCGUGAAAUGUAUCAGCCUGAAUGAACUCCGACCGCUGAUAGUGCACAGGCCGCAGCCUCGCGCGCCCGACUUGUGCGUGAAACUGCAGUGCCACCAAACUGCGCUGUACCAACUAUUAGCUAAUAUUCUAGAGAACGAAAUGCGCGCCAAAUACAACAACCUAUGGCAGCACGUGCUGUUCAAGGCGCCGCCUUGGAGCCUAGCGGACGUGCUUCAAUGCUUGCUCAAGCACUGGGUCGCGGUGUUCAGCGAGGUGUUCCCGCGCAUCGAGCACCUCAUAGCGGAGCUGAGCAACGCUCUGCGGGCUAUACAGAGCAAAGAUCCGUCAUCGCUGUCACAAUCCGAGGUGUCGAACUUCAAGGAACUCUGUCUGGAAGUGGCGGUUAAGUGCCAGAUCAUACCGGAAUAUAUGGAGCUCGCGAAGCGGACGGUAGAAAGAAUCUCGCGAGAGAGCGAGACGCCCCCAGUCCCGGUGCCGGUAGACAGGGACAGAGAGAUGUGCGUCAUCAACGCCUUUGAGGCACUGUGGACGGUGUUCUCAAGUUAUUGUGCCAAAAUAUCAAGCGGACUGGGCAUCCCGCACAGCCUGGAGGACAAGAUGGCGGAAGAGCCGGGCGUCGCGCAGGCGCCACUGUGCCGCGACCUCGCCGUGCGCGCCCAGCAGCUCGCGCGCGCUCUCAGCGGGUGA